GCGUAAUCUUAAAAGAUACCCUAACACCACGUAGAAAACACACCCAUUUCGUUUCAUUUCAGAUCUAACCGAAAAAACGCUUCCGAUUUCAACAACCCACAAGAUCCAUCAUCCAAAUCCCUCAACCAGCUCAAAGGUGUUUUAUGAUCUAGAUGCUGGUUAGUUUGAGGAGUUAUUAUAACAUGAUUUGGAUUUAAACGCAAUUAGUAUCGAUGGAUAAGAAUAAAAACCGUACCGAUCUGCUCGCUGCUGGCCGUAAAAAGCUUCAACAAUAUCGGCAGAAGAAGGAUGGUAAAGGCGGUAAAUCCUCAGGUAAGGCUAAUAAACCUGACCCUGAUGUGAAUACCGAGGAAUCAUCUUCAGUUGCUAAACAAACAAAGGGAAAGAAACAAUCGGCAGAGACGAACGUGCCUGUUCAAGAUUCAGCCACAGAGCUUGUUGAUUCAUCUAAUGCCGACAUUACUGCUCCUGAUCUCUCAUCUACAUCAGAUUUACCAACAGAAGUUUCCGAGACUGAUGUGUCAGUUAAUACUUCGGUUUCAGAUGAAAACCUUCAAAGUUCUAAUCUUGAUGAUGCAAUGCCAGCUGAUUUAUCUCUAAAAGGAGUUAAUAUUGAAGGACAACCUGACAGUGAUUAUGUGUCUGUAACACCUGUUGGUUUUGAGGCUGUACUUGAUAAUAUUGCUGGUAAAGCAGGUGAUGUGAAAGCUGCAAGUGGGGAAGAUCAGGUACCAGAUGUAGGAGCAAUGCAGGAACAUGAUCAUUCAUGUUCAGAACCAGAUAAUACAGCCAGUUUGAUUCAUCUUGAAAAGGAUGAUAAAGAUCAAGUUGAUUCAGCGAAAGUUGAAGAAGAUACUAAGAUGGAAUACACAGACAGUGCUCCAGAACAAACUAAUGAACAUGAAGAUCACAUGGCGGGAUUUCGUGAUGAUGGAGGUGUAAAGUUGUCGGAUAGAUCAGGUGAAUCUGAGUUCGGUCCAGUUAGCCUCACUCAGCUUGCAAAGGCGUUACAGCUUUUAAGUGAAGAUGAACUUCGGUUUGUUAUGGCGGGAAUAGAGGCAAAUAAUGGUGGAGAUAUGAAGUCUGAUUCUGUUGAGUUACAUGAGAAACUUAAAGAGCAGUUAUAUGUUAAUAAUAUUGAAAAAGAGUUGACUUAUUUGCAGCUAUGCGAAGAACGGGAUCUACGGAAGGAAAUUGAUUAUGAGAAAUUAUCUCUUAGUGCUUCUCUUCGUGACGUUGAAGGGAAGAACAAAAUUUUCUCUGAAGAACUUGCCACAUGUAAGUCUGAACUCGACAGAGUUACAAGUGAAAUGGAGAGGCUUCAGAUUGAACUUAAGAGGUCUGAACAUGAGUUGUCAGAAUUGGUUGACAGCAAGAAUUUGUUGUCAGAAUUUCAGGCGAAACAUGAAAACCUGAGUGAGAAUGUUUUUUCAUUGACCGAGGAGAAUGAAAAGUUAAAGAAAGAGUUAAUGGAUUGCAAAUCUUUACUCGAAUUAUCACAAGUUGAAAACGUCAACACUAAAGAAAGUCUUGCUCUUGUAAUGGCGGAAAGAGCGAAACUGGAAGAGGAAAAAGAAAGUUAUGUUUCUGCAUAUGAGCACUUUGUGAAGGAAAAUAAGAAGUUUUCUACGGAGUUGUUGGAAUCUCAAGAUUUGGUGGAAAAGUUACGUUCAGAAAUUGCUAAACUAAACGAGAAUCUCGAACUGGCCGCAAAGGAGGAAACGAGACUUGGAGAAGAAGUCAACCAGUUGACCGGCGAAAAGGAGGCGGCUUUGACAGAGUUAACAAAUUGCAAAUCGUUACUGGAGUUAUCACAGGCAGAGAUUGCCAAUUCAAACGAGCAAUUUGUGCACAACAGCAAGAAUUUUUCUGCGGAAUUAUCAGAAUCACAGCACUUGGUGGAAAGUUUACAUGCAGAAAUUGCUAAAUUAAGUGAGAAUCUUGAUUUAGUAACGAAAGAGAAGACCAGACUUGGAGAAGAAGUCAACCGUUUGACCGUUGAAAUAGAGGAGAAUAAGAAGGUUUCUAUGGAGCUGUUGGAAUCUCAAGAUUUGGUGGAAAGUUUACGUUUGGAAAUUGCUAAAUUAAACGAGAAUUAUGAAUUGGUAACAAAGGAAGAAACGAGACUUGGAGAAGAAGUCAACAAGUUGACGGUUGAGAAGGAGGCAGCUUUGACCGAAUUAACAAAUUGCAAAUCGUUACUGGAGUUAUCCCAGACGGAGAAUGCCAAUUUCAACGAGCAAUUUGUCCACAGUAGUAAGAAUUUUUCUCUGGAAUUAUCAGAAUCACAGCAGUUGGUGGAAAGUUUACGUGCAGAAAUUGCUAAAUUAAGUGAGAAUCUUGAUUUAGUAACAAUAGAGAAAACCAGACUUGAAGAAGAAGUCAACCGUUUGACUGUUGAAAAGGAGGAGAAAGAAGAUUUGAUGGAGAGUUUACGUUCGGAAAUUGGUAAAUUAAACGAGAAUCUUGAAUUGGUAGCCAAGGAGGAAACAUCACUUAAAGAAGAAGCCAACCAGUUGACCGUUGAAAAGGAAAAGGCUUUGACAGAAUUAACAGAUUGCAAGUCGUUACUGGAGUUAUCUCAGUCGGAGAAUGCCAAUUUCAAUGAGCAGUUGAUCCACAGUAGUAAGAACUUUUCUUUGGAGUUAUCAGAAUCACAGCACUUGACGGAAAGUUUACGUGCAGAAAUUGCUAAAUUAAACGAGAAUCUUGAUUUGGUAACAGAAGAGAAAACCAGACUUGAAGAAGAAGUCAACCGUUUGACUGUCGAAAGGGAGGAGGCUUUGACUGAGUUAGCUAAUUGCAAAACCGUAAUGAAUGAUCUCCAGGUGAAAUAUGAGAAAUCAACGGCUGACAGCAAACUAGAAGAACUGAGUAACAGUUUGGAGGAAAUUUUCCUUAAAAAUGUGAUCUUGGAUGAAUACGUGAAGCAAUACGUGUUCACCGUUGAAGCCAACAAGGGUGAACUUGUAAUUUUACUUGAAAAUCUGAAACAGGAGGUGAUCACUACUAGAACAAAGAACUCUGAACUACAACAGCAGGCAGAUGAUAUGACUGAGAAGAACAAGGAUUUAGAAGAAAGUAAUGAGCUGGCGUCCUAUGUAAUACGUAAAGUUUUUGAUAAUCUUCAGAAACUUGUAGACAAUUCGGGCCCGUCUACAGAACAAAGUGAAGACAAUACUGCAAGUGAGCAGCUGGAUCAUCUCGAAAUCAGCAAUUACGACGUCUUUAUUGAAAAACUAAUAAUGAUUCUGCAUGAACGGGCGCAACUUGAAUCCAAGAACAGAGAAUACAAUGUGGAGUUAUUAAGAAGGUUGAAAGAUAUGGAAGAAUUAAAUAAACGGUGCAUUAAUCCCGAUGUUAUUCUCAAGCUGUUUGAAAAUAUUCAGUGUAUGGUUACACUAGACAACGUUGUGUUCCAACCAGAUGAACCACUAUCUUCCUUAGAGUCUAUAAUUCAACAUCUGGUUAAGAAUUUGAAGUUCAAUGAAACGAAUUUGAAUGAUUUGCAGAAUGAAAUAGACCACUUAACAUCCUCUAUUGUUUCGUAUGAAAUCGAAAGUCACGUUUUGAAAGGAAGUUUGAUUACUGCAAUGGAGCAGGUUGCUGUUCAUCAAUCUGAUGCACAAUUAAAGGAAACUGAACUUAGUCAAUCGGAGCAGCGCGUAUCUGCUUUACGUGAAAAACUUCACAUUGCUGUUACGAAAGGAAAAGGUUUAAUUCAACAACGUGAAAGUUUAAAACAGAAUCUCGCAGCAACGUCCAACGAGCUGGAGAAAUGCUUACAUGAAUUACAGUUAAAAGACGCCACACUUCAAGAAACCGAAACAAAACUCAGAACAUAUUCUGAAGCUGGUGAGAGAAUGGAAGCUCUUGAAUCCGAGCUGUCUUACAUUCGAAAUUCCGCUACUGCAUUGAGAGAAUCAUUUCUUCUUAAAGAUUCCGUUCUUCAAAGGAUCGAAGAAAUUCUAGAAGAUUUGGACCUUCCGGAAGAAUUCCAUGCUAGAGAUAUCAUCGACAAAAUCGAUUGGUUAGCAAAAUCAGUCUCUCAAUCUCAAAACUCGUUUUCUGUAUCAAAUCAACCGGGCACAAUCGAGAGAACCCGUUCGUUUCCUGAAUCUGUUUCACGGGCUAUGGAUAGUUGGAGAGAAGUUCUAGAACCUUCUUCGGGUCUUGAUGAUGAACUGAGAAGAAAUUAUGAAGAACUUCAAAACAAGUUUUACGGGUUAGCUGAGCAAAACGAGAUGCUAGAACAAUCGUUAAUGGAGAGAAACAAUCUUGUGCAGAGGUGGGAGGAAGUGUUAGAUAAGAUAGAUAUGCCGUCACAGUUUAGAUCACUGGAGCCAGAAGAUAGAAUCGAGUGGUUAAGAGUUGCUCUUUUGGAGUCAAAUGACCGUUGUACCCUCCUUCAGCAAGAUGUUACUGAACUGGAGAAGAUCCAUGGAUCACUAGCUGCGGAUCUUGAAGAGAGUCAAAGGAGAUUAGUUGACCUUGGGUCAACCCUAAAGGUAAUUACUGAUGAACGGGAACAGCUGUCUGCUAGUUUUGAAGAGAGUCAAAGGAGAUUAGUUGACCUUGAGUCAACUCUAAAGGUAAUCACCGAUGAACGGGAACAGCUGUCUGCUAGUUUGGAAGCUCAGGGUCAUGAAUAUAAUGAAAUUUCCGAGAAAGCUUCGUUAUAUGAAAUCGAGAAUGAAAAACUUCAAAAUGAAGUGCUUACAUUGCAUAAAAAAUUCGAUGAAAAAUAUGUGGAUGAAAUAAGGCGGUUGCAGGAUCUGGUUAAGGACAUGCUUCACGUUUCGGAAAUGGAAGAUCUUGAUUCAAAUACAAGUGAUAUACAGUGUCUGGAAGGAUUACUGAGGAAGCUAGCAGAUAAACACGUCACGGGGUAUGGAGAAAGAAGCGUUGACCAGUCAAACAUGCACGAGGAACUGGAAAGAAAGCUGGAGGCUGUUGAAGGUGAUUUAGUGCAAGUGAAGGAUGAAAGAGACAGACUUGCGGAAAAAAGUCAAACUUUGAUCGCUGAAGUUGAAGCAUUAGAGGUAAAGAAUCAAGAAUUAAAGGAUUCACUUGCUACAGUUAAAGAGAAGUUAAACAUGCAUGAGGAGUUGGAAAGAAAGCUGGAGGCGGUUGAAAGUGAGUUGGUGCAAGCGAAGGAUGAAAGAGGGAGACUUGUGGAAAAAAGUCAAACUUUGUCCGAUGAAGUUGAAGUAUUAGAGGCAAAGAAUCAAGAACUAAAGAAUUUACUUGUUCAGGAAGAGCAGAAGACUGCUACAGUUAAAGAGAAGUUAAAUGUUGCGGUUAGAAAAGGGAAAUCUUUGGUUCAAGUGAGAGAUAGUAUGAAGCAAACCAUCAAUGAUCUGACCUCUCAGGUUGACCGUUUGACUGAUGAAAUAAAAGUUCGGGAAAAUACAAUUUUGGAGUUCCAGCAGAAGAUGAAGGAUAUAUUCGUUUCACAAGAAUUGAUGGAAAAUAAAGAUUCUGAAAUCCGAUUCCUGAAAAACCGUCUAGAACAAUCCGAGAAUGAGCUGCAUGAGAAAAGAAACACAAUGGGCAUGAUUUUAGGUGCUUUGGCUGAGAUCGAUCCUGCCGUUGACUCAAGAACUAAUGACCCACUUGAGAAAAUGAAACAAAUCGAGAAAGUAAUUCAAGAUUUACAAGCUGCAACAUCGUCUGCUGAACAAGAUUCAAGAAAAUCCAAAAGAGCUGCUGAAUUACUUCUUGCUGAGUUGAAUGAAGUACAAGAAAGAAACGAAGAUCUUCUAGAAGAAAUUUCAGAAUUAUCAAGGCAAAGGGAUUCAGCGGAAGCUUCUAAUCGUGAAUCUCUAACACGAUUAGAACAGUUAUCCGCUCUUCAUUCGGAGGAAAGAAGUAGCCAGUUUUCCGAACUUACAAAUUUGAAAUCUCGUUUAGAGCAGUUAAGUCCUGCAUUUAGCAAAGUCAACAAUCUGCUUGAUGACGUCUUGCCGAAAGACUUGGAGUAUCUUUAUAAUCUCGAAGCUGGCGUCAAAUCAUUACUCGAAUCAAAUGAUACGUCUAAUGUCGGUGCUCAAACCCUAACCAGUUCAUAUAGUGGCAUUAGUUCCAAGUCAGAGUCAAAGGUCAAUGCUCUGUUCAAAUCUUUCUUCGACAGCAAAACGGAAGAGCUACACAAUGACAACACCAUCGAUGAUUUAUGGAGGUUUGUUGGGUCCCACAUGCAAGAUGCAAUAACUAAACUUGAUUCUUUCGAAGAAAAAUUGCAGAGCCAUUCAAAAUCCUUGCAUGAAGAAGCUAUUCGUUUAUGUGAGACAGUACCGACUCUUUUUAAAGAAAUUACUUCCCUUAAACAUUCGCUCGAAUCUGCAAACGAAGAGAUUGCUCAGUUAGAAUCCACGGGGAAACAAAAUGAAACUGAAAACGUAAUGCUACGUAAAUAUAUUUCAGUUUUGUAUGAAGCUUGCAAGAAUUCCGUUUUCGAAAUCCAGAAAAGCAAAGGUGAAAUGGUUUCAGAUGAUUCUUUUGUUGAAGAUGGAGAAACCGUUUCUGUCUCCGAAGAAGGUGUCAUGAGUAUUGUGAACAGAUUAUUGUCGGCUGUGAAGGAUUAUCACAGUAAUCAGACUAAAAAUGUGGAAGUUAAAUUGAAGGAAAUGAAGGCUACAAUUUCUAAUUUACAAAAAGAACUUACCGAAAAAGAUGUUCAGAAAGAUAGAAUCUCUGUGGAACUUGUGAGCCAGAUUAAGCGAGCGGAAGCAGCUGCUACGGGCCACUUGCAAGAACUUGAAUACGCAAAAGCUCGUAUAAAUGAUUUGAAGGAUCAGUGUAACUUGUUGGAACAAAGGGUCAAAGAGCUAGAAGGUCAAGAAUCCGUAUUGGUUGAAUUACAUGAGAAGGUCAAAUCACUUACGGAAGCAUCAACAGCAAAAGAACAAGAAAAUGAAGCUUUGUUGCAGGCUCUUGAUGAAGAGGAGGCCCAAAUGGAAGACUUAAGAAACAAAAUCAUUGAAUUGGAACAACUUGUUAAGCAAAAAAAUCUUGAUUUGGAAACUGCUGACGCAGCGCGUGGAAAAGCUUUGAAAAAGCUUUCGAUAACCGUGAGCAAAUUCGACGAGCUUCACCAUUUAUCUGAAACCCUAGUUUCUGAAGUUGAUAAGCUUCAAUCUCAGCUUCAAGAACGCGAUUCAGAAAUCUCGUUCUUGAGGGAUGAGAUUACACGUAUCACCAGCGAUUCCUUGCACGCAUUGAAAACCGACGAAAGGGGUUUGACCGAGAUCCAAGACGUUUUGACUUGGUUAGAUUCGGUGGCUUCUGGAGUAGAACGCGAUGUUAACCUUGACGACAAGAAAAACGAACAGGUUCAAGAACAGAAGGAAAUACUUAAGAAGCAAAUCACAUCCAUAAUCUCGGAAUUAAACGAUUUACGCCAAGUGGCACAAAGCAAAGAUGAUCAAUUACGUCAAGAGAGAAGCAAAAUUGACGAGUUGACGCGUUCUUUGAGGGAAAAGGAAUCUCGAUUAAGUUUGCAUGAAAAUGACGGUUCUUCUGCACAAUCGGCAUCUGUGACCUCUGAAAUUGUCGAAGUUGAACCUCUGUUAACUAAAUGGCCGUCACAAGGGACUUCCACUGCACCUCAAGUUCGAAGCUUGCGUAAAGUAAAUAACGAUCAGCUCGCCAUUUCUAUAGAUGACGUGGAUUCAGAUGAUAGAGAUAAGUUGGAUGAUGACGAUGAUGAUAAAGCUCAUGGUUUCAAGUCUCUUACUACAUCAAAACUUGUCCCGAGAUUCACUAGGCCUGUUACAGACUUUGUUGAUGGCUUAUGGGUUUCGUGCGAUAGGACUUUGAUGCGACAGCCUGCUCUUCGGCUAAGUCUUAUUCUGUAUUGGGCUGUGAUGCAUGCACUUCUUGCAGUUUUUGUAGUUUGAGAAUCAGCUGUACUGGUUUUCAUUCACUAGAAGAUAUGAUGUUCUUUAAAAACCGUAGAUUGGUUUUCUCUUGGAUGCGUUUAAUUCAUUACAUAGCUACAACACAAGUGCGUGUGAUUUCUUCCUAUUUUAUCAGAAAAUCACAGAUCUUGUUCAAUGAAUUUAAAACCUCACCAAUAAUUUGGGCAAGCUCAAGAAUCCUAAUCGUAUAAUACGAAGAUGAGUUGGCCCUUGAAAAUGUUUUGAAAAAAUUUCUUUGUUUAGGACAGGUAAGUGCAUAUAUGUGUAGUUCUGUUAGACCCCAUAUUUUUGGGUUUACUUAUAAGAUGGUUGCAAAGAUUGUUUGAGCAAUGAGACUUGGAUUUUUUUA